ACCCGUCGGUGUCCCGAAACUCCCCAAGUUUGACGCCAUUCAGGACUGUGGUGUGUGUACGGCUGCACGAGGCACAGCGCCGCGUGUACAGCAGGAUCCCGGUUCGCACCAGUGGCCCAAACGCACGGCGCAACAGUAGAGCUCUACACGGAAUCGCUGGGACAAUGCACCACACGGAGAUGAAGGCCUUAGCUCUGUGCUCGUUGGUCCUGCUGCUCACGCUAGUAUCAGCUCAAGGUGCAUCAUAUCAGAGUUCCGAGGCGUCUGGUGGUGGUGAGGGUGGGCAGCUGGGCGACGUGCUUCUGGAGGAACACAUGGGUUGGGCCGACGGCGGAGGUCCAGAUGAGGAGCAGGACGCGGCGCUGGAGUCCAAACGCGCCUUCCAUGCCAUGCGGGGCAAGAAGGACGACGACGACGCCUGGGACUCAGAGGUGAAGCGCGCCUUCCACGCCAUGCGCGGCAAGAGGCUCUUGGCACCGGCCAGCGUGGAUUCCUUCAUCGCCCAGCUGCGUCGCGCCGUGCUCCAGGGGAAACGCGGCUCCGGUUUCUUCGGCAUGCGCGGGAAGAGGCAGCUUCGUAACGGCCAAAAGAGUUCGAGGACGAAGUUCGUCGCGUCACGAGGUCGAAGGUCGGCCUCGGGCGAGCCUGCGGCCGAGGCGUUCUUCUAGGAGAUCUCCCCGCCCUCCGCCACCGCCCGCGCCCUCUUCCUGAACCCUCGUGUCCCGGCGCCAUUCCAACGUACAGCCGCCGCCGUCUCUCGCUCGCGCCAGUCAAGCACGUCCGCUGCCUCGGACGACGCCCAGCAGACCCGCCGGCAAAAGCCCGCCGCCGUGCAGACGUCCUCCCCCCGUGCCCACUGCGGAACGACCGCCGAAGACGACAUCAGAGACCUCGAAAAAGCCAGCGUUUCUCAAGUCGAAGAACGCGGUGGGCUCGCUUCAGCGUCACAAAGCGGAUGAUUGUCAUCGCUGUAGAAUCGGUGCACCCGCGAUGCUAUAUAGCCGAUGCUUGUCACAAAUACCGCGUGUUACGGGUAAAGCGGCCGU